AUGAGCGGGAGUUUCUCAUUACCGUAUACGACGGAUUUGGAGGACUCGAGCCACCAGGUCAAGCCCUUUGAGCCUCCGAAAAAGAGCUCCUUUGAAGACACCACGCUUCGUUUCAUCAUCAAGUACAAGAAGGUUGUGCUUUUGAUCAUAACAUUCGUCUGCUUGUCCCUAUUCACAAAUGUGCCGUUUAUACCGCAUUUCAAGUCGUCGACCCCCAAGAUUGUCAUCAUUUUGGCCGCCAAUGAAGGCGGCGGUGUGCUCAAAUGGAAGUCUCCGCAGGAGUGGUCGGUGGAAAGAUCGUCAAUUGCCAACAAAAAGUACUACGCUAAGCAACACGGAUACGGCCUCACUAUCAAGGACAUGACCAUCAAAAAGAGGUAUUCCCACGAGUGGAGAGAGAGCUGGGAAAAGGUGGACAUUUUGAAACAAACAAUGAGACAGUUUCCGCAAACCGAAUGGUUUUGGUGGCUCGAUUUGCACACGUACAUAAUGGAACCUCAGAUUUCGCUCGAAGCCCAUUUUUUGAACAACUUGGACAAUGUCACCUACAGGACGUUGGACAACUUCAACCCCUUGGGCUUGCCGACGGACAUACCGUACGUGGACUACUCGCUGCCAAUCGACAUGAUCAUAACCCAGGACUGCGGCGGGUUCAAUCUCGGCUCGUUUUUGAUGCGACGCUCGCAGUGGUCGGAGAUGUUGUUGGACAUUUGGUGGGACCCAGCAAUGUACGAGCAAAUGCACAUGCAGUGGGAGCACAAGGAGCAAGAUGCGUUGGAGACCUUGUACACGACACAGCCGUGGAUCAGAGAACGCGUUGCCUUUUUGCCCUUGAGAACAAUCAACGCGUUCCCUCCGGGGGCCUGUGCAGAACAGGCUGACGACCCUCGCUAUUUCUUCAAAGACCACGACUUUGUUGUCAACAUGGCUGGCUGCGAGUGGGGCCGAGAUUGUUGGGGCGAAAUGGAGUCUUACAAGGCCUUGUCGAGGAAACUACAUAAGAGAUGGUGGAAGUUUUGGCAGUAG